AUGUAAACAACAAAUGGCAUUUCUAUUUUGUAAAUUAAGCAUACGCAAGUAUCAGUUUGCAAUAAUAAAAAAAAGGAAGAAUUGAUACAAUUUGAUUAAUUUGAUGAGGAUUUGAUACCAAAAAGUAAAUUGUUUUCUCCUGUGAACAUAAAUUUAAAUCUGAAAUGUGUUGAAACAUUUGGGAAUAAUAAAAUAUAUGACAUCAAUGAAACAAGAACUAAUGACUAGCAAAACAAAUCGGAUUCUUUGCUUGAUACACUGAAUUCAAAGUAAAAAAUAGAAACCUCUCUAUAACAAGUUAACGUAAUGACUGAGAGAUUAAAUAAUCAAAACUUAAUAUUCUAUGCUCCUCAAUAUAUUCCUGAUAUUCAGCAAUUCUUAGCAUCCCCUAUUCCUAUUGGCAAAAUAGUAUAGUGCACUUUCAUAAAAAAUAAAAAGGGGUUUUGCAAUUUCUAUCCAAAAUUUGAAUUAUACUUCUCAGAAAGUUUAAAAUUUCUCUGUGCUGCAAAGAGACAAUCCACAAAGAAGAAAUCAAAUUAUAUUAUAUCGAGCAAAAUUGAUAUAUUUAAUUCCAACAACAAACCAGUUAGUUUAGGGAAUUUGAAACAUGGAACAUAAGAGAACUAGUUCAAUUUAUAUGACAAUGGCAAUGACCCCAAUAAAACCAAUCAACUAGAAACAACCAGGAAGGAAUAUGGAAUUUAUUCUUUUAAAAAAUCAAGUCUAGGUCUCAAAUAAAUUAAUGUUUUAAUUCCCUCUGUUAUAAAUGGAUAGCAAUAAAAUUUUAAACCUAUUACUCAAAGUGAAGGCAUCUAAAAAGCAUUUUCUCAAUAAAAGAAUGAAAAUGUAUUGUAGUUAAUCUCAAGGCCUCCUGUAUUCUGUGAAGAAAAGAAUGCAUACCAAUUAAAAUUCACAUAAAGAGUACGAUCAGCAUCAAAUAAAAAUUUUAUUCUCAUAUCAAGUAAUCAAUAGAAUGAUGAAGAAUUUUUAAUGUAAUUUGGCAAAUGUGGUGAUAAAUAUUUCAAUUUAGACAUUUGCCAUCCGCUUUCAAUUUUAUAAGCUUUUGCACUAUGUAUAACUUAAUUUGAAGUUAAGUUAAAAUGA